CUGUGCUAUGAAGUGCCAUUGUACACCACCGCAUUACAGACGAACUGAAGACAGGUCAUUCUGUAUUACAAGGAAAACGCGUGAAGAGGAGAAGCGGUGUGACCUAAACAGCCAUUUUAUCAAACCUAACAGGAUAUCUGUAGGAGAGGCUAUUUAAAAUCUCUGUGCAGCGCUGCCUGCCUGCAUGAGGUGGACAGGCUUCUGAUAGGUGCUCAGACAUAUCCGAAACAUUCAUAUCAAACUUCUCACGCGAGCAACGGAGCGAGACGCGGAUCUCGCGACGCACUAUAGACAACAUGGAAUAAAAAGACUCCAGAGAAUCUUAAUAACAGAAUUUGAUGUUUUCUGCUGAAUUACGUUAGAGAAAAAGAAACUGAUCUGUGACAUAACUGCAUCUUGCUCAGUAGUGGAUUGAAAGAAAGCGAUCGAGAUGUCUGUACCGAAUGUGUUGGCAAAGGCCCUGUACGACAAUGUUGCAGAGUCUCCUGACGAGUUGUCCUUUCGUAAGGGGGACAUCAUGACUGUCCUGGAGCGGGACACACAGGGGCUGGAUGGCUGGUGGCUCUGUUCACUGCACGGCCGCCAAGGCAUCGUCCCCGGCAACCGCCUGAAAAUCCUCGUGGGCAUGUAUGAUAAACAGCAGCAGCAGCAGUUACAGCAUUUAUCAGCCCAACCCAGCCCAGCCCAGAGCCACCUAAACCUGCCUCAGAGUGCCUACACCAAGCCCACCCUUGCCUCCCAGUACACAGCCAUGCACCCUGUCUUUGUAUCCUCCAGCUCUGCCAACUCAACCAACCCUGACAAUGUUUACAUGCUCCCCCCCAGCCACGGCCUGCCUGCACCCUCCAGCCUCUACCAGGUGCCCACCGGCCCCCAACCACCACAAACCCAACCCAAAGCCCCCGCUGUGGCACAGAAGCAAAGCCAGGCACAGUACAUUCCUACUCCACAGGAUGUCUACCAGGUGCCACCCUCCAUUAAUGUUCCAGGCCAGGAGAUCUACCAGGUGCCACCCACAGCAGGAGGGCCGUGUCCUGGGCAGGAUGUGUACCAGGUGCCACCCUCUAUGAACCAGACACAGGACAUUUACCAGAUUCCCCCAUCAAUUGAGAGGAGCUGGGAUUCACCCAAACCUGUUGGAAAGGUGGUUGUUCCCACGCGGGUUGGCCAAGUAUAUGUGUAUGACACAGGGAAAAAUGAACAAGAUGAAUAUGAUGUCCCUAGACAUCUGCCACCCACCCAGGAUAUCUAUGAUGUGCCACCCACCCGGACCCAGUUCAACCAACAAGUGUAUGAUACUCCACCCAUGGCUAUGAAAGGCCCACCCAGCAGAGAUGGACAGGUGAUCUAUGACACUCAACCUAGUGUGGAAAAGAGCCAACUACUCUACCAACAAACGGUAUAUGACAUUCCCCCAUCUGUCAGCAAAGAUGUCCCAGAUGGUCCAAUCAGGGAGGAGACAUACGAUGUUCCUCCUCACUUUGCCAAAAUGAAGACCUAUGAGAAUCAAAACCAGGCCUAUCUGUCUCCAAUCCCUGGAGGUCCAGAGCCUCCCAUACCAGAGGACGUCUAUGAUGUCCCUCCUCCUCAACUAACAGGAAAACGCCAGCCUGAACCUCAGGAGAUCUAUGACAUCCCUGCCAGCUUGCGCAAGGGCGGCCCACAGGACCAACACUCUGCCGAUGUGUAUGACGUCCCUCGCGAACGCCCAACAGGCGAAGAUUCGGGUGACUAUGUGUACGACGUGCCUCCACAGGUGGUGCGUGAUGCAGCGGCCACCGAGGAGCUUACGGUCAGCUUCAAACGCCUCUCUGCCUCCAGCACGGGAAGCACUCGCAGUAACCUCUCCACAUCCUCUCUGGACAUGGUGCCGGUGCGGGAAUCUUCUGGAUCUGGCCGCCUACUGCUUCUGGAUCUGGACCAGGCCAUGGAAAGGCUGUCCCGUCUACAGCAAGCUGUGGAGAGCUCCGUGUCCCUCCUCAUGUCAUUCAUCAGUGGGAACUGGCGUAGCCCCACUCAGAUGGAGUCCAACCUCCCUUCCAUCAGACAGGCUGUGGACAGCAUUCGAGUGGCCAUCAGGGACCUGCUGGAGUUCGCUAGAGGUGCAGUGGCCAACGCAACCCAGGCCACUGAUCGCACGCUUCAGACCAAGCUAGGCAAACAGGUACAGAAGAUGGAGGAGGCCUUCCAAGGUCUGGUGAAGUACAGUCAGGCACUGGACUCCAUGGGCUGGUCCCCCUCAGCCCUGAUGGUACCUCCUACAGGCACUGGUGGGGACGACCUAGACCGGCUGGUCAUGUGUGCCCGCGGUGUGCCGGACGACACCAAGCAGCUGGCGUCGUUUCUCCAUGGCAAUGCCUCUUUGCUCUUCAAACGGACAAACAAACAACAGCAACUGCCAUUGCCACCUGUACCUCACACUGGUGACAUGCAGGGUCAGCUGACCAACAACAACAUCUCAGCAUAUCAGUCAGGCACACCUGAACGGGCCAACAUCCAGUCUCGGCCACUACCCUCCCCUCCCAAAUUCACAGCAGAGGAAGAGACUCCAGACAGGCCAUAUGAGACGACAGAGGAGGGCUGGAUGGAGGACUACGACUAUGUGCAUUUACAGGGUAAAGAGGAGUUUGAAAAGAACCAGAAACAGCUGUUGGAAAAAGGAAGCAUCAAACACAAUAAGACUAUGCUUGAACAGCAACAGUUGAAGCAGUUUGAGAGACUGGAGCAGGAGGUCUCUCGACCAAUUAACAAUGACAUUUCGGGCUGGACUCCACCCUCUCACUAUCCGCAGACACCUCGCAGUAAGCUGUGCAUGGGCGACCGGCAGCUGCUUCUCUUUUACAUGGAGCAGUGCGAAUCUAACAUCACCACGCUCACCAACGCAAUUGAUGCUUUCUACUCCUCCAUUAACAACAACCAGCCGCCCAAGAUCUUUGUCGCCCACAGCAAAUUCGUCAUCCUCAGCGCGCACAAGCUUGUUUUCAUUGGAGACACACUCUCCAGGCAAGCAAAGUCUCCCGAGGUGCGUACCAGGGUGGCCCAGCAGAGCAACACGCUCUGUGAGAAGCUCAAAGACAUUGUGGUUAGCACAAAGACCGCAGCCCUGCAGUAUCCCUCACCUGGUGCUGCUAGAGACAUGACAGAGAGAGUGCGGGAGCUCGCAGGAUGCACCCAGCAGUUCCGCAUGGCACUCAGUCAGCUACUGGCCAUGUGAGUUCAGAGGCACAGGGGUGAACAGGCCCUGGGACAAUACAAGCACAGAGCCUCCUUAAGACUCACAGGACAAGCACACACCCUGUGCCAUGAACUUUUUAUUUUCAAAAAGGACACAAAUGAUAAAUGGGCAGAGCCAUUGGUUGUAAAUGAAUUAUUGUAAAUAUUUAGGUUGCUGUAUGUCGGGGAUAAUGUAAUGGGGCAAAGAGAGAGGACAGAUGAACUUUUACUCUUGUGAUGUUUUUGAACAAGGGAGGAGAAAGAGAAUGAGAAUAUAUAAAAAGCAGUUUUAAGACAUUAUGCAUUAUUAUAGCUAAACUGUAAUUAUUGCUCUUAUUAUAAGUGUCAUCACUAUUAUUAUGAGAUUUUGACUAAAGGUGUUUAAAAUGUUAAACAUGUAUCUAGAAGUACAACCAUUUUCCAUCAAAGAUCAACAUUGGAGGCUUUUUUUAAUGAAUUGUGCCUGCUGGAAUCCAAAAUGGCAACAACUACAAGUUGAUCCUCAAGCUGAUGCUGUAGUUCAAAGAGGUUGGGAGGGUGUGGACGCAAAGCUGACUGGCAGAUAAUAUCAUAGAGAUUCUAAUUUACUGUGAGACUUUGGUUUUGGCAAGAGACUUUAACUUACACAUCACUAUGCUCUCAUUAAUCCAUAAGAUGACUUAUCUAUCCAGACUCAACAUCUUAAAGUGAAUGAGAGCUGUGGAGAACAAAUUAUACAAAUUGGACCAUGUUGGAAAAUAAUUGUUUAAAUGUUUUAUUUUUUAUUUUUUAUAAAAUAGUCUAUUCACUCAAUUUAUUUGAAGGACAAUGGUUUAAGUCAGCCACUAACCUCCAGGAAUGCCUGCUCACAGUUCCUCCCAUCUCCUCAGGCAUGUUCUAGGCUAGUAAAACAUUUCUUAUCAUGUACUUGUUUUUAUCAGAUUAUGUUUAAGAGUCAAUAAUCAGUCUUGGACAGUCCAUCUCUACUGUAGUGCCACUACCUGCUGGACAGGCACAAUGUGGCAGCUGGGAUCUAUAUUAACUCGCCAAUUUUGAUUAUACCUUGGCAAUUUACUGUAAAGUUUCUGGUCAAUUUCUUCAGGAAGUGUUUUCUUUUCUACUCUGUGUAUCAGAUGGUGAUAUGAUACUUACAUCUUCAUAGACUGAAGUGCACAAGUAUAAAAAUAUAUCUAACACCGUGUCCUAACGCUGCGUUCCAUUCAAAGUCGGAUGUGGGAUCUUACUUGAUAUCUCCAAUCUAUGACCAUAAAGGCAUUUCAUGGCCUGAUACUCAAAUGACGUAUUAAGGAAACAAAAUUGCUAUGCUGCCGUUAGCUUAGCAGAUGCCUGAUUGUCAACACAGAUACAUCUCCUAAACAUUCAUGGUUGCGCCAUCUUUGAUUAUUUUUAAUUGGAAUGACAACGAGGCUGUAAGGGAUAGACUUACCAUCUCUACAAUGGCACGCAUGGUAUAAAGCUGUGAAUAAAGCUCCUAGAUCACUUCUGAUUUCAGGGUUCCCACGCGUCCUGGAAAACCUGGAAUUUUGCAAUACAGUUUUCCAUUCAUGGAAAAGUCAUGAAAAAUGACAAAAAAACCUGAAUGUCCUGGAAAAUAAUUAUUUGUCCUGGAAAUUAUUUAUAAUAAAACUGUUUGACUGUGUGGCUAACAUGGUUUUUGUUACAUGUACAAAAACAUGAUAAUGAUCGGGACUCUUGAUAGGUGUCAAAUACAUAAAUUCAUAUCAUUUUGUAUCUGCCGGCAGCUGCACACUGUGAAACAACAACGGUUGACCGUCAUGAAAAUAAGCCCUGUAUCGUACAUUCUCUACUCAUCUGCUGUCAUCUCUGCUUUGCUCUGAUGGAAUAGUUUAAAUUUUGAUAUAGCGAAAAAUAUGAUUUUUUCAUUUUAACAUUGCUUUUGUGUUAACUACAAAAACAUUUGAGUUGUAAACCUUAGACGACAGUCAGACUGCUGAUUUUUUUAAUGAAAAUGAGUUCACAACCUGAGGUGGUAAUGUGGUGAUGCAGCCUUUACACCUUGGGAUGUGAAUAAAUUUUAAAUAACAAGUGAACAAUCCGAGUCCACUUAUACCGCAGUUAUCACAUCCAGUCAUAAAAAUGGCAUUAGCUACAUGUAUAAUACGUGGAAUGUCUCGGAAUUUGACACAUUUGGGACAUAAAACAAUGUUUGAAUGCACAAAUAAUAAAAUAAAAAUUGUGAUAUGUCCUAGUGUGAUUUUAUUUUUUACUGCAAAAGGCUGCAAUUUAAUUAAAUAAAUAAAUAUAAUCUGCAUGUGCUGCACGCUUUAAAAUGAAUGUGUGUAAUGAAUUCAGAAAAAAAAUUACCAAUUCAAAAACCGUAUUAUACAUCAUUACCUCUGUGUUUUUGCUUAAAUAUUACAACUGUUGGGCAAAUAAAAUGUCAUGGAAAGGUCCUGGAAAAUUGUGUCUUGAAAAGAGUGGGAACCCUGGAUUUUCCACAACUCAUGUUGUCUGGAGUUUGUCUACUAAAUGUUCUUGGAAAGAUGUUUUUCAGUGUUUUGUCUACUGAACGAUCCAAAAACACUAUAAACUACAGUAGGCUACAGCCCAUUCAAGAGACUAGCUGUCUAUCCCUCACAGCCUCAUGUGUUCUACAGGUGUACAAUUAUCAAAACACAAUAUAAUUUACUGUGUUUUACACACCUGUCUUUGCUAAACAAGUUUUAUUAUCAUUUCAUGUUGAAACUUUGCCUCAUUUAUGCAUUUUAUUUGCUUAAAAGUUAAUGGCUGCAUCCAAAAACUGGAAAAUGCUGCAUUCGGAGGCUGUAUACUGAGGUAGGAUAAAAAAUUUUUUUUAAAAAUAAGGUGCUUUUCAAACUGUUCUGAGACCAGUUUCUUUAAGAUUUCAAAUUAUUCAACAGUGCUGUCGGAUAAGCCAUUAAUUGAAAGUCAUUAAUUCGGCUGCCUACAUUUUCGGAUGCAGCCAAUAUUUAUGAAUAACUUUGGAUCUGCCAGGCUGCCGACAUGUUUGCGUGACUUCACGUACCUGCAUUUCGGUUAAAUCGGAGUUGAGGAUUUCCGCCCAAGUUUCCAUGUUAGAAAUCCGACUUCAAGUGGCGUUCCAUUGCAAUUUUCCAUGUAGGAAGUUGGAAAUUCCGAGUUGAAUGGAACGCAGCGGGAAACUGCUGCACGACGUGAAACCAAUCAGAAUUUGUUAUUUGCGAAGGAGCUUAAUUUUCGACCACUGAGAUUUCACAGUGGGCGGGGCUAUCCAGUGCAAAGUAACAGAAAUACAAACCAAAAUAUCAAAUUGCUGGUCGCUUUUCACGGUCGAGGCUGUUUAGGACACCAGCUAAGAUUUUCGUGGAUAGUUUUUAUUGCUCUUUCUGUCGCUCAAGGUUAAGACACGGUGUAAGCUCAUAUACAUCCUCCAUUGCACUACACUGGCCAAGUGACUUUGCGGUAGAAUCUGUUUCAUAGAGCUGGUAAGAAUGGAGAAAAACCAAUACAAGCCAGAACCACCUGCCUCAACCUCACUCGCCUUGUUUUCUAGCUCUCUGUUGGUUGUAUUCCAAAUUUAAGAAAAUGUCAGAAAAAGUAGUUUAAUGAAACUUAUUAAACUUUUUAAGUACUGCAACAUGUUGUUGUGCAUAUAGACAAAAUCCUUAUCCUGUUGAAAAAAGAAAAGUAAAAAAGAAGCAUUAAGCCAAGCGGUGACCUGGUAUAUGUUGUGCUGUUAUUCUGUUCUCAAAUCUGUGUUCAAGGGUUUGAAUGAUCUUGAUCUAUAUGUUACUGUAAAUUGCAUAACUGGAAAUAUAUGUUUAAUAUAUUUUCAUUAAAAAAUAAAUUCGAGUCCAAUUUGCUAUAAAUCAAGUUUUUAAUGAUACAAAAGAAUUUAAAGUGCUAAAACAUUUUUCUUUUCAAACAGUACUAUUAAAAAUAUAGAGGUGCAGAGACAUCAAGAUAAAUCAAGCUGAUUAGCAGUGUCAACCACAAGUUCUGUGACUAAAUAUAAGGUGAUUAAACCACAAUGCACCAUGUUUCCUUGGUUUUUGGGCAUCUCUCAAGAAAAUGAAACGUGUUUGCCUUCAAAAACCUUUCAGGCAGUUUUCUCAUUUUAGUAAUGUGUUUUAACUACUGUCUACUUUUCGGACACUAUCCCAUCUUUUCGUAUAGGCAAAACCUGGCAAGCGCUUGCAGUAUGUAGAUACUAUAUCACACAGAAGUGGGAUAGCUUUCUGACAAGCAACAUUGUCAAUUUUUAGCAUUUAUAAAACACGAUAUCAACUAAAUACUACUACUGCAAAAAAAAAAAAAAAAAAGGAACCAGGCAGGAAUUUGAUACCUUAAUGUUCAUGAUAAAGAUCUCUACUCAUUCAACUUUCAUUAAAAUAAUAAAAUCUAAUCCAGUAUAUUCAUACUGAGUCAUACUACAGCUACUUAGCUACAUAAGUAUCAUUUAGAUGAUAAUUAAAUUUGAAAUGUUUGUCGUCUGUCAGAUGAAUGAAGAGACAAGAAAUAAAAAAUGCAGUUAGAUUAUUAUGGGAAAAACAUACAUAAAAUAAAGAAAUAAAUAAUUUAAAUAUUUGGAAACAUGACAUAUUUAGCCUCUGUCUGUUAAUAAUGUUUAUGGUAAGCUUUAGUAAGGUGUUUAAUGUAUGCAUGUACA